CUUCUCUUCCUAUAUCUUCUUGCUUUAUUCCCUUCCUUUUCAUAGCCCAUAGCCCGUCCUCUUUCUACAAAAAUAAUGACGCGCUUAUGGAGCAAACCACUAUUUCUCGCCAUUACGCUCCUUCUUCCAUCCACUCUGUUUGCACAGCAAGAAUGCAACUCCGGUCCUAACGGCCGAACAGGUUUCACACCUGUUUUAUUAAACGAUCAUAUAUACCUUGCUGGUGGCAGCGAAGCCGACGUCGACGUUUAUCGACUCGACUUGUCACAAGGAUUACGAACCGAUUGUCCACAUUGGAGUAGACCUGCCAAUGUCGCAACAAACGAACAGUACAAGGCAUUCAUGAAUGGUGCUGCAUUUCCAGGCACGGAUGGCAAUACCAUCUUUAUGCAAUCCGGUGAUUAUGGAUCGGAUUUAACGGACAGAAUGGUCGAGUAUAACGUUUCUGGUGCUUGGCGUACCUCAAUGAUCUCAGGACAAACGCCAACUCCUCGAGCAGCAAUGUCAGCCUCUAUCAACAGCACCGGUAGCGCAUUUUAUUACGGUGGUCGAUCGCCUAUUACUACUUCGGCGAACACUACGAAAUAUUUCAAUGAUUUUUACGUCUUUGAUACAAACUUUGCCUCAUGGUCAUGGCCAACCAUAACAUAUGGCUGGGGCAAAGCGCCACCGCGCUACAGUCAUUCAGCCGUAUUAAUUCAAGACAAAGUAUUCGUUUUCGGUGGCAUAGUCUACCUUGAUUCGUCAACCAGAGAAUAUGCUGAUUUCCAAAGUGUCCUUGUUUUCGAUACCAUUGAAAAUAAGGCUUUAAGUAUGGCUACUAUCGGUGAUAUUCCACCGGCACGAAUACAAUUUUCUGCAACGCCAGCGCCGGAUGGCAAAUCAAUCGUGGUCUAUGGUGGAUUGAACACCUCUUCGACGGAUCGUUUUGACAGUUCUUCAGAUGUUUAUGUACUGGAUACAUGCAAGCUGGAAUGGUCCAAACCAGAUGUCAGCGGAGAUGUUCCGUCCCCUCGUGCUAAUCAUGGCGCCGUUACUUACGGAAACUACAUGGUGUUACUCUAUGGCUACACGGACAUGCAGCUGAUGUACGGCAACACCAAAGUACCGUCAUUUACCCACGAGAUUAGUAUUCUGGAUAUGCACUCGUGGAAAUGGGUGAACAGCAUCUCACACCAAGACGAUCCUACAAGCAAAAGCGAUCCUGGUUGCAGCUUCAGCUUCCCAAGUUUUCCAGAUGAUCCGAGCAGCAUCACAGAAGGCGACAAUCCCUUGCCGUACGAUCCCACCGUGAUUAAGAACCCCAACAAGCCAAGCAACAAAGGCAGUCGAAACAAAGGCCUUGCCAUCGGCUUUGCAUUGUUUGGAUUAUUGUUGAUUUGCGGUGGUCUUUUCUGGUACUUCCGCCGUCAGCGCAGAAAGGCACGUGCCUUAAACCCCCGUUGGCUUCCUGGUGCUAUCACGUCCCACAAAGGUGGCGCCAACAAUGAUUAUCCUUUGUUUGUAUAUAAUAACCUCGAUGAUAAGAGUAACAACAACGACUUCCACGAGGAAAACGAAAAGAAGCAGUCGCUAGCACCACAGCUUUCUCUCAAUGACGAUCAUCAUGGUGUGGGCGGUGACGGAAUGCGCACGUACACUGCAAACGAUCAUGGCCAGUGGGAGCGUGCCCUGGAUCAGGAUCCUGAGCGUCCUGAAGACGGAAGGGCCAUGUCCCGGCACAUGGAUGUGUGGGAAAGAAUGCGCUCGUUGCAUGACCAGCGUAAUCCUUAAGUCUUUUCUAAUUUUUGUUAUCACUACUUUUAAUACCUCCUAGCCCUUUUAUUCUGCUGUACAGAAAUACUUCAUAAUAUUACUUUAUUUCAUUUGUCCA